AUCCUAUAAAUAGCGUCUGCAUCUAUUGGUCUAUUAAUACAAAAUGAAAACACAACCCAACGGCACGAAAAACGCACAUUUCUGAACAAUUUGUAUUUAUUUCAACAUUAUUUUUUAAUAAAAUGGCCGAGAAUACCCAGGAGGGAGCCGUUGGUGGCGAUCUGAACAACAAUAUCACAAACAAUGCCCAGGAGGAAGUGAAUCUGCCGGAGCAACCGCAGAACGAACUGCUCGACAUGGUUUUCACGUUGGAAAGCGAAAAACAAGCGCUGCUAGAGGAGUCUCGCAAGCGGAUCGGAGCACUCCGCAAAGACUUUGAGGAAGCUAAGGUGGAAAAUGAACGUUUAAAACGGCGAGUGGUGCAGCUUGAGCAGUCCCUCAAGCAGUCUGUAAUGCUUGGCGGCACAGAUGCACCCAAGUCCCGGCAAGAACAGGAAGAGUUGUUGUUGAAAGCCAAAACACUGCUGUUCGAGAAAACUAAGGUGAAUAAACAACAGGAGCAGCAGAUAGCCGUGCUCAAGACCCAGGUGGAUACGGUCAAGGAUGUGCUGCAGGUGACAAAGGACAUGCUGCAACUGAAGACUGCUGAGUGCGAUCACACACAGGCACGUUUGGAGAAGAGCCAGCUGUGGAUAAAGGCAGAGCAGGAUAAGUGUGUGCUUACGGAGAAAAAACUGGCCAUCUCUAAGGGUGUUUACGACAAACUUCGUUCAGAGUACGACACUCAGUCCAGGAUAUUCAAGGAUCUUAAAUCCGCGUACGAGCAGAAGCUAAAGGUUCUCACCGUGGCUUUGGAGGAAGCCAAAAAGUAGCUGAACAAUUUAAUAAACUACGUUAAUUAAAUGCA